UCCCUUUCCUCCACUCAAGCCUGGACCAUGGCGGCUGCGGCCGGCGCGGGCGGGCGCUCCAAGGUGGCCCCCAGCGUGGAUUUCGACCACAGCUGCUCGGAUAGCGUCGAGUACCUGACUUUGAACUUCGGGCCUUUCGAGACGGUGCAUCGGUGGCGCCGCCUCCCGCCCUGCGACGAGUUCGUCGGGGCCCGCCGCAGCAAACACACCGUGGUCGCCUACAGAGAUGCUAUCUACGUGUUCGGUGGAGAUAAUGGAAAAACAAUGUUGAAUGACCUGUUGAGAUUUGAUGUGAAGGACUGUUCUUGGUGCAGGGCUUUUACUACAGGGACCCCUCCAGCACCCAGGUAUCAUCAUUCAGCAGUGGUCUAUGGAAGCAGCAUGUUUGUAUUUGGUGGCUACACUGGAGACAUUUAUUCCAAUUCCAAUUUGAAGAACAAAAAUGAUCUUUUUGAAUAUAAGCUUGCAACUGGUCAGUGGACUGAAUGGAAGAUUGAAGGAAGGCUGCCAGUUGCUCGGUCAGCUCAUGGUGCAACAGUGUAUAGUGAUAAACUGUGGAUCUUUGCAGGAUAUGAUGGGAAUGCACGGUUAAAUGACAUGUGGACCAUUAGUUUACAAGACAGAGAGUUAACUUGCUGGGAAGAGAUUAAACAGAGUGGCGAGAUUCCUCCUUCAUGCUGUAAUUUUCCUGUAGCUGUUUGCAAAGAGAAGAUGUUUGUGUUUUCUGGCCAGAGCGGAGCAAAGAUCACCAAUAAUCUCUUUCAGUUUGAAUUCAAGGAAAAAAUUUGGACUCGAAUUCCUACUGAGCAUUUACUGCGGGGCUCCCCUCCCCCUCCACAGCGGAGAUAUGGUCACACAAUGGUUGCCUUUGAUCGCCAUCUUUAUGUGUUCGGUGGGGCUGCAGACAACACGUUGCCUAAUGAACUUCACUGUUAUGAUGUGGACUCUCAGACCUGGGAAGUUAUCCACCCCAGUCCAGACAGUGAGUUGCCCACUGGACGGCUCUUCCAUGCUGCAGCUGUCAUCUGUGAUGCGAUGUACAUCUUUGGCGGGACAGUGGACAAUAACAUUAGAAGUGGAGAAAUGUAUAGAUUUCAGUUUUCCUGUUAUCCAAAAUGCACUUUACAUGACGACUAUGGAAGACUGUGGGAAAACAGACAAUUCAGUGACCUGGCGUUUGUCCUUGGUGAGAAGGAAGAAAGGGUUCAAGGGCAUAUAGCCAUUGUCACAGCUCGCUGUAAGUGGCUCAGGAAGAAAAUUACACAGGCAAGAGAGAGGUUGAAACAGAAAUCUAACCAAGAGAUUGAUGAGGAAGGACAAGAGUCCCCCCAGAAAGAGAUGUCUGGCAGCAACAUUAAGCUGUGUCACCUGCAGCCGCCGCUUGAGGUAACCAUCCGGGAAGCUGAAGCCCAGCCCUUCGAGGUGCUCAUGCAGUUCUUGUAUACAGACAAAAUCAAAUACCCACGCAGAGGUCAUGUGCAAGAUGUACUGCUUAUUAUGGAUGUGUAUAAAUUGGCCCUUCACUUCAAGCUGUCACGACUUGAACAGCUGUGCCUCCAGUACAUUGAGGCAUCGGUAGAUCUUCAGAAUGUGCUGGUUGUGUGUGAGAAUGCAAGCAAGCUUCAGCUAGAUCAGCUAAAGGAACACUGCCUGAAUUUUGUGGUGAAAGAAUCCCAUUUUAAUCAGGUAAUAAUGAUGAAAGAAUUUGAGCAUCUUUCCUCAUCUUUGAUAGUAGAGAUAGUACGACGAAAGCAGCAGCCUCCUCUUCGAACACAUUCCGAUCAGCCUCUUGAUAUUGGGACAUCACUGAUACAGGAUAUGAAAGCUUAUCUAGAAGGUGCUGGACUUGAGUUCUGCGAUAUCAUAUUGCUCUUAGAUGGUCAGCCAAGGCCUGCUCAUAAAGCUAUUCUUGCAGCUCGCUCCAGUUACUUUGAAGCCAUGUUCCGCUCCUUUAUGCCAGAAGAUGGGCAAGUUAAUAUUUCUAUAGGAGAAAUGGUUCCAAGCAAACAAGCAUUUGAGUCGAUGGUACGAUAUAUUUAUUAUGGUGAAGUGAACAUGCCUCCUGAAGAUUCCCUCUACCUCUUUGCUGCCCCUUAUUAUUAUGGAUUCUACAAUAAUCGUCUGCAAGCGUAUUGUAAGCAGAACCUGGAAAUGAAUGUUACUGUGGAAAAUGUGCUCCAGAUUUUAGAGGCAGCUGACAAGACCCAGGCUCUGGAUAUGAAGAGACAUUGCCUGUAUAUCAUUGUUCACCAAUUCACCAAGGUUGGUUGGAUGUUUUCUGGGGUUCUGGGCAUCUGCUGUCCCCUUUCACUGCCAUGGCUGAAAACAGCUUAAGGUCUCCAAGUUGCCAAAUCUUCGAUUCCUCAGUCAGCCUCUCCUUCUUGACAUCAUAGAAUCAUUAGCAAAUCACAUAUCAGACAAGCAAUGUGCAGAGCUUGGCUCGGAUAUCUGAGGAUUCCUGCA